AUGACGUGUGCGAGAUCAUCGCCCCUCGUCCUGUUUGGUCUCUGGCUGUGUGUCGUCAACGGCGAGAGGCAGCUGAACUGCUAUGACGGGCCUUUCGCCUCUGUCCUUAUCCAUGGAUGCGUUGAUGACUGCAGGAGCUUCGAGACGCUGCAGGAGGCCGAGCAUCACUGCAACAGGCUCCCUUCUUGUGGGGGAAUCACGAAGUCAGCCUACGGGGACCAUGAGGCAAUCAGCCUUGGGGUGGGCCUAUACGAAGUGCGAGCGGGUCCAGCCAUCGGCAAGGCAGUGGGGGAAACCAGUUGGAUCAAGCAGGUGAACUGCCAGAGCAGUCGGUUGUCACGGCAGGAGCAGAGCGCGUUGAGCGACAUCAACAGGAUGGUGAGGAACCAUCAGCUGCAGCCGGAUGCCAAGACAUCAGACAAGGUGUGUUACUCGUACUCGGUUCCGAUCGAGGGCAAGUACCUCAACGGGUGUGUGGACAAGUGCCGGAGCUUUCACUCCCUGGACUCAGCCCAGAGAUACUGCAACACCUUGGAGAACUGCGGUGGAGUAACGCGCAGCAUGUACGGCGAAGGUCAGAAAUGGCACCAGGGCGACGGAGCGUUCGAAGUGAGGAUGGGUCCUGCGCUGAAGACGUCCAAGGACGGCGACCUGUCAUGGGUGAAGCUGAAAAUUCCGUGCGAAGGAAACUCCAUGAUGGGGAUCGACCAGCCAUACCGCGAAGAGACCUCUUCUGCCAUGCUGCUGGUCUACCUGAUAGGUUUCGCCGCCUUGCUGGGAACUGUCGUGUAUGUAAUGUACGUGAGGGGGAACGAGACUGCAGUGAUGAUCGUUGAGAAGGGAAGACACAAUCUGAGGAGACUGUUGGACAGGAAGAAGGGAGGCAAGAAUUCAGGGUAUGAAGCGUUGUAG